CCUCCAGUUCCACCUGUGCAUCCUGAUGUUCAGCUGAAGAGCCUCCCAUUCUAUGAUGUGCUUGAUGUUCUCAUCAAACCUACAAGCUUAGUACAGAGCAGCAUUCAGAGGUUCCAAGAAAAGUUCUUUAUCUUUGCUUUUAACACCUCAACAAGUCAGAGAAAUCUGCAUUUCCCCGUAAUAGCAGAAUGUUUAGCCUGAGUUCUCUCAUCUCAGAUUUGGUUAACUUUAUUUGACAAAAUUGCAGAAGAAUGGAAUUUUGUAAGAGACCACUUGAUCUACCUCUGGGCAUCCUUUCUGCCAUAUGAAUUAGCAGAUUCCUGCAGGUUACUUGGAAACCCUAAGAACUACUUCUAGGCAAAAUAGUUCUGUGUUUCAGUUAACAAUCUGGUAGCAUGAACAUGUUCUUCCAAGACUACAGUGGACUUUUUGCCAGGAGGCAGAAGGGAUUACACUGUGCAAGUUCAGCUGAGGUGACUUCAUCUUCUUUACAUAAACGUAGAAAUGCCUCCUUUAAUUGGAGUACAUUUUAAUGUGCAUUCAUGUUGCCAUUCAACAAGAUUCUCUUCUGCACAUACGUUAUGCCUGGCAGAAACCAGCUCAAGAAGAUAACUACCCUAGUAGCUUGUGCAUAAAAGUAAAUGGGAAGCUCUUUCCAUUGCCAACUCUUUAUGGAAAUUCUAAAUGAAUGUUUGGAUGUAGAUGAGAUCAAAUUCCAGGAGGAUGGUUCCUGGUGCCCUAUGAGGCCGAAGAAGGAGGCUCUGAAAGUCGUUAGCCCGCAGUGUACCAAGAUAGAAAGAGGAAGAAGAGUGGUCAUCAGAGGACUCGUAUCACAGAGGAAUCUCAAUGUUUCAGACUCUUCUAUAGGAAAGACUCCUUUUCUCCCUUCUGAAGCAAUUUCUAUCCUUAAGCCUCAUGAUUCCCUGCAGAGGUUGUUCCAUGGUCUCAUUUCCAUUAUAUCCUAGUGAUUCCUAGUGUUCCAGGAUGGCAUUGCCAAAAAAAAGUGGUGCUACCUCUUAUUGCCACCAUAAGUGAAACAAUCAUUCACAUGAUGGCUGAAUGAAAACAACCUAGAUAUUCUAAAUGACUGUGCCCUAGACCAGUUGGUCAUGGAACCGACCAGAGGGACAGCAACCCUGGACUUAAUCCUCAGUGGGGACCGGGACCUGGUGCAAGAUGUAAGUGUUGUUGAACCGAUUGGAAGCAGUGACCAUAGUGCUAUUAAAUUAAGCAUACAUGUAAAUGGCCAAUUGCCAAGAAAAUCCAACACGGUCACAUUUGACUUCAAAAGAGGAAACUUCACAAAAAUGAGGGGAUUGGUAAAAAGAAAGCUGAAAAACAAAGUCCAGAGGGUCACAUCACUGGAAAAUGCUUGGAAGUUGUUUAAAAACUAUAUUAGAAGCUCAACUGGAGUGCAUACCGCAGAUCAGAAAAGGUACCGCCAGGGCCAAGAAGAUGCCAGCAUGGUUAACGAGCGAAGUCAAGGAAGCUCUUAGAGGCAAAAAGUCUUCCUUCAGAAAAUGGAAAUCUUGUCCGAAUGAAGAAAAUAAAAAGGAACACAAACUCUGGCAAAAGAAAUGCAAGAAGACAAUACGGAAUGCUAAAAAAGAAUUUGAGGAGCACAUUGCUAAGAACAUAAAAACCAACAACAAAAAGUUCUAUAAAUACAUUCAAAGCAGGAGACCAUCUAGGGAGGCGAUUGGACCCUUGGAUGAUAAGGGAGUCAAAGGUGUACUAAAGAAUGAUGAGACUGCAGAGAAGCUAAAUGAAUUUUUUGCAUCUGUCUUCACAGUGGAAGAUAUAGGGCAGAUCCCUGAACCUGAACUAACAUUUGCAGGAAGGGAUUCUGAGGAACUGAGACAAAUAGUGGUAACGAGAGAGGAAGUUCUGGGCUUAAUAGACAAUAUAAAAACUGACAAAUCACUGGGCCCAGAUGACAUCCACCUGAGAGUUCUCAAAGAACUCAAAGGUGAAAUUGCUGAUCUGCUAACUAAAAUAUGUAACUUGUCCCUUGGGUCCUCCUCUGUGCCUGAGGACUGGAAAGUGGCAAAUGUAACACCAAUCUUCAAAAGGGGAUCCAGAGGGGAUCCCGGAAAUUACAGGCCAGUUAGCUUAACUUCUGUCCCUGGAAAACUGGUAGAAAGUAUUAUUAAAGCUAGAUUAACUAAGCACAUAGAAGAACAAGCCUUGCUGAAGCAGAGCCAGCAUGGCUUCUGCAAGGGAAAGUCCUGUCUCGGUAACCUAUUAGAAUUCUUUGAGAGUGUCAACAAGCAUAUAGAUAGAGGUGAUCCAGUGGACAUAGUGUACUUUCAAAAAGCUUUUAACAAGGUACCUCACCAAAGGCUUCUGAGGAAGCUUAGCAGUCAUGGAAUAAGAGGAGAGAUCCUCUUGUGGAUAAGGAAUUGGUUAAGAAGCAGAGAGUAGGAAUAAACGGACAGUUCUCCCAAUGGAGGGCUGUAGAAAGUGGAGUCCCUCAAGGAUCGGUAUGGGGACCUGUACUUUUCAACUUGUUCAUUAAUGACCUAGAAUUAGGAGUGAGCAGUGAAGUGGCCAAGUUUGCUGACGACACUAAAUUGUUCAGGGUUGUUAAAACAAAAAGGGAUUGCGAAGAGCUCCAAAAAGACCUCUCCAAACUGAGUGAAUGGGUGGAAAAAUGGCAAAUGCAAUUCAAUAUAAACAAGUGUAAAAUUAUGCAUAUUGGAGCAAAACAUCUGAAUUUCACAUAUACGCUCAUGGGGUCUGAACUGGCGGUGACCGACCAGGAGAGAGACGUCGGGGUUGUAGUGGCAGCACGAUGAAAAUGUUGACCCAGUGUGCGGCAGCUGUGAAAAAAGCAAAUUCCAUGCCAUGAAAUUCCAUGAAAUUUUGAAAUUCCAUGAAAAUAAAACAGCUGAUAUCAUAAUGCCGUUGUAUAAAUCUAAAUCUAUGGUGCGGCCGCAUUUGGAAUACUGUGUACAGUUCUGGUCGCCUCAUCUCAAAAAGGAUUUUAUAGAGUUGGAAAAGGUUCAGAAGAGGGCAACCAGAAUGAUCAAGGGAAUGGAGCGACUCCCUUAUGAGGAAAGGUUGCAGCAU